GAUCCGAAAUCGAAAGAGGAAUAAAAGCUCGUGGAUAAAAUUAGGUAUUGAGCAAGAUAACUAGCACGAGGAAUGGACGGUCAAGGGAAGCCUCCGCCUUAUAAUUACGGUGCUAUUCCAACAGACUCUGGUUAUGCAGCUCCACCGCCUUAUCCUUCGGCAGGACCAGGGUACCAACCACCACAGCCUUACCAGGCUCCUCCUCCUCCAGGUAUACAUCCUGUGAGACCCACAGCAACAACAACAACAAUCAUUUCACCACCUGGUCCUAUCAUUGUGAACAUGGCUUUUGGUGAGUCUCCGGUCAGCAUGGUAUGUCCACAUUGCCAGACACACAUUAUUACGUGUACAACAUAUCAGGAUGGUACCUUAACAUGGUUGUCAGCUGGAGCUCUAUUCCUCUUGGGCUGCUGGUUAGGUUGCUGUUUAAUUCCAUUUUGCUUGGAUGGUUGCAAAGAUGUCAUUCAUUCUUGUCCAAAUUGCCAUGCAAGGCUUGGCAGUUAUCGCCGAAUGUAGAUUGUUAAUCUGAAGACACAUCACAAGUUGGAAGUACAAAGUACUUCUUGUUGAGUCUGAACUAAGCUGUACUUGAUAUCAUAUCUAAACCUCAAUAUAUUUUCUCUGUCAAAACCAACAAAAUGAUAGUAAUGAUAGAAAAACAUAUAUUAGACGAUAGAAAAGUCACUAGAGUUGAAAGUUUUGUUAGCUAAAGUAAUGCUCUAAGAGUCCUCUAGCUAACAUUUUUUUGAAAAUGUCUGCUCUGGGUAUCCACUCCACUGCUUUUAAAAUCAAAGUAAAAAAAUAUAGAGUGUGAAUGGCAGUAGCUGUCUGUGGAGUAUGCUAACUGAAGAAAGGGAGAUACCCACUGUGUAUGAUUAAUAAUGUGAUUUAAUAAAUAUAUUUUAAACACGUUUUUCGUUAAUUAAUCUGUAAACAUGGGGCUAGAAAGAUGUAGUGUUCUACUUGUGCAUGGUGGAGAGGAAAAGGAAAGGUUGGGGAGGAUGGAAUUUGUUUGUAAUAGUGAAAACUCUAACACUUCCUUUUGGGAACAAUUCUAGUUGUUUGUGCCUUGACAAAGUUGGUGCCACAUGUUGAUGUUUCUGGAGAAGAAAAAAAUGAAAUAAAUCACUUUAAUAAUAUCACCAGGUAAUCCCCUUAACUUUGUCUUUGAAAUUAUUUGCUUUUGCAGUGACUGACGUGAUAUUCUGGAUGCCUCUAGUGUUUGGCAACUUUGACUUAAAUAUCUAUUUUUGUAGUGGUGUUAUAGAAAGAGUAUUAAUGCAGGUGUAGGGAGGUUGCUAUAGAAGAAAAUUCAAGAGAUAUCUUGUGAAUUGUAUCUCUGUGUCUUGUUUUGGCUUCACUCCCAGGUGUAUUACUAUUACAAAAAGAAAGAGACCAGAGACCUCCCAGUGUUUGUGUUGUUUUCUAUUCCAUUCAAGCCCGAAGAUCAUAAUAUCAACUCUCCACACGGACUUCCAUACAUUUCUAAUAAUUUUAGCUCUAUGAAUUUGAUGUGAAAUUAAAAAGUGUUCUCUGUUGAUUUA